GGGAGAGAUUAUUUACGUGAAAUGCGGAGAGAGAAGAAGGGGUUGUCAAACAACUGGAAAAAUUGUUAAUGGUGUUUUGUCCCUAUCUCGACUGCACCCAAGACACAGCCACAGUAUCCAAGUCGUGGACGUUAAUGGCGUACGCACCUUCAGAGCAGCCCUCUUCCAAGCUGCUGGACGGCAACUGGGAAAAAGUUUAAAUAAGAUCUACCUCGACAUUGCACAAAAUUAUGCACCAGAGAUUGUCCACGCUGUUCCCUACGCGGAUAUCAGCGCACGUAUAUAUCAAAUAUACAGAAAUGCCAGACCACCAGUUCCAGAAACUUUUUUGGAACUACAGAGGAUGGUACAAGAUGGUGGAUGGAUAGAUGUAUUAUUACACGACCAUGGCCAUGUUCAAAUGACAUCGUUGACAGCUGCGGAUGGUCACAGUGCUGUAAUAUGGGGUGAUGCCACAUUUGCUCCAACAAUCCCAAAUCUUCACACUUUGAGCAUCCAGUUAAAUGCUGCGGUCAAUCCGGCGAUCAAUGGUACUCAGAGUGUUUUAUCAGUGACUGCUGUCUACCAGAAACGCGCACUCACUUUUGGCUGGGCUCUCCUGAAUCAAGUGACACAACCCAUCAUCCAUGACAUCAUUACGUUUGUGCAUCGUGAAUUUUUCCUCAACGGCAAUCCAUCGUUGAUUCUCACCAACUUGGAUUAUCGUCUGCUCAAUUGCAUCCGCGAAAAUUGGCCGGAGGCCGAAGUGAAGACCACUUUUCCCGAGGCAUGCAUGGCAAUACUGAGGUACGCCGAGGAUCAUCAAGCUAUCCUUCCAGGAGACAUGAAUCAUCUGUGUAUUCUGAGAAAAAUGAUGAUGAUAACUACAAUUCCUUCGGAUAUGAAAAGGCUCAUGUUCUGGUCACUGAAGAAUGCACUUAACGCUAUGAAUUAUGGACAGGAAUUUGAAGAAAUGCUGAAUUGGUAUUACCAAGUUUUUAUCAGCCCGGAGAACGAGUCAUUCAGUGCAUUUUUCGAUCGUAUUGAUUUGUUUCAAGAUGUAAGCACUCGCAUCUCACAACAAAUGUACGAUCAAGUUCACCAGCAGCGUGAACCAAACUUUUGGUUUUUUUAUCGAAAAACGCUAAAAAUUCUGACUGGGGCUUAUCACGAUCUUCAUAUACUGAGGACUCACGAUCAAAAUGCCAUCCGUAAUCUAUCGAUGACACCCAAAAUUCGUCCCUGUCUGCGGAGCAGACUCCUGCGUUAUCUUUUCUUGCUCUGUGAUCGUAAUGCACUACCACUGACCAGAAUGGUUUACAUCGGCACUAAUGGAUCCAUCCAAUUCCCUGCCAAUAUCCUCUACCAAGAGCACUAUAAAAGGGGCCAAGCAUUGGAGCAAUUGGAACCAGGUGUCGUCAUUGAGGCAGCUGAGCUCAAUAAUCCGUUCCGAGAUCCAAUUCCAGAUUUGGAUCUCUUCUUGGAACUCGAUGUUGAUCAGGAUAGACUCCUUCAUCGACAGGGUCGACGUGACAUUGUAGCUGUGGAAGAGGCAAACCCUGCAAACAAUAUGGCAGAACAUAGAGCUGUUGGCCCACCAAAUCAACAGGAUGAAGACAGAGGUGGAGAUCAGGGCGUUCAGCAGUACGACGACAUAUGCAUGAUAUGCCAUGAGCAGCCGAUUGCUGUCAUCACGAGACCCUGUAAUUGCAUUUGCAUCUGCGACAGAUGCGAAGAAAUUCUGCGUGUUAAUGCUAGGCAUAACGAUGACAGAGCAGAGAUAUUGCAAUGUCCCAACUGCGAGGAAAGAGCAUUAACAUUUGAACAUGUUUUUAUUCCUUGCAGUCAAGAUGCAGGCCAGCACUUCGACUGGGUUUGCCAAGUCUGUGCUGACAAAACAAUUUCAUGGAUGGGGCAGCUUUGCAGGCAUGUUUUCUUCUGUGGAAGAUGUGUUCUCCACCUACAAGCACACAGUAAUUAUCCAGGGGAACUCCUCGAGUGUCCCUACUGCAAGCAAGUAGAGACAAUGGUCAAGGUCAUCCUUCGAAAUCGCCCUGGGUAAAUGAU